UGGCCGCCGGCCUCGCGGGCAGCUGAAGCAGUGCCGUGGGUCUCCCCGAGCUGUCGCCUCCCUGAGCGGCCGGCGAUCGGCGGGACCCCACGUCCGUCCGCGCUCUGGGGCCCGAGCCGGGCCUGUGACCCGCGUCUUGAGCCCCCGGCCCGUCCCACCUCCCUCAUGGCGGCCACCCGGGCCCUGCAGGAGUGGUGCCGCCAGCAGUGCCAGGGCUACCGCGACGUGAGCAUCACCAACAUGACCACCUCGUUCCGCGACGGCCUGGCCUUCUGCGCCAUCCUGCACCGGCAUCGGCCCGACCUCUUAAACUUCGAUGCUCUCAGGAAGGAAAACAUUUACGAGAACAACAAACUGGCCUUCCGAGUGGCCGAGGAGCAGCUGGGCAUCCCAGCCCUGCUGGAUGCUGAAGACAUGGUGGCCCUGAAGGUUCCUGAUCGACUGAGCAUCCUUACCUACGUGUCACAGUAUUACAAUUACUUUCAUGGCCGGUCCCCGAUUGGGGGCAUGGCCGGUGUGAAGAGGCCCCCAUUAGACUCAACAGAGGAACCUUCUGGAAAGAAGGCCCUGCCCCAGCCAGCCAAGUUGCCUUCAUCUGCCCUGGCCCGGGGGCCACCACUGUCUCCAGCCAGGACAAACCCUGUGGUCCAGCCGAAGGAGGGAGUCUCAGAGGGGCCACCCCCAAGAGCUGGUCUGGUGACAGCGGGCAGCUCAGUCAGCAGCACGUGUGCGCUCUGUGGCAAGCACGUUCACUUGGUACAGCGUCACCUGGUUGAUGGGAAGCUCUACCACCGCAGUUGCUUCAGGUGUAAACAGUGCUCCAACACACUGCAUUCAGGGACCUACCGUGCCACAGGAGAACCAGGUGUCUUUGUUUGUACUCACCACCGCCUGGAAGCCACCUCUGCAAGCCCCAAGUUGUUGGGCCUGGCCUCUAGGCAGCUGGGGACCGUCCCUAGGGACACCAGGACACCCAGUGCCCCACAGAAGGUCCAGGAGGUAAACGGGCUGAGAGAGGUGACACCAAGAGUCAAGGCAGCAGACUGGGGGCCUGCUGUGGGCAACACAACCACCAAAGGUCUUUUCCGGGCUGAACUGAACCCAUCAGCCACCUCCCGAGUCCAGGAGGAGAGCCCUGGAGGGCCCAGGCUGCCCACAAGCCCAGUGGCCACCUCUUCUGUGAAUGGCAAAGCUGUUACCAGAGUGAUCAACAGCUCUCCAAUGGGGUGGACAUCAGCUUCCCAGAACAGUGCAGCGGACAUCAGCUCCCGUCUUGUGGUGUCCCCGAGUACCCCAGACCCCCGUCCAUCUGUGCCCCAAGACCGGGCAGCCUCAAAAGUUUUGACUGCUCAGACCCAGCUCAACUCCAGGGUGGCAUCUCCUGGCACAGGGACCAUUGGCUCCCGUCCUGUGGUGUCCUCUAGUGCCGCAGACCCCCAUCCAUCUGUGUCCCAAGACCGGGCAGUCUCAAAAGGUUUGACUGCUCAGACCAAGCUCAACUCCAGGGAGGCAUCUCCUGGCACAGUGGCCAUUGGCUCCCGUCCUGUGGUGUCCCCGAAUACCACAGGCCCCCGUCCAUCUGUGUCCCAAGACCAGGCAAUCUCAAAAGGUUUGACUGCUCAGCUCCAGCUCAACUUGAGGGUGGCAUCUCCUGACACAACAGCAAUCGGCUCCCGUCCUGUGAUGUCACUAAGUGCCCCAGACUCUAGUUCAUCUGAGCCCCAAGGACGAGCAGCUUCAAAGCUGGGCGUGGCCACUCAGACCCAGCUCAACUCAAGCACAGCAUCCCCUGUGACCUCCCAGGCAUGGACCCCCUCAGCCUCGAGGACCCAGCAGGCCCGAGAGAAGUUCUUCCAGAACUCAGUCCCGGUCUCAGCCAGCAGCAACUCUGCUGGUCGGGUCCCCUCUGUGGCAGAUUGCCCUGCCCGGGACAGUAGCCGUGAGCAAGCACUGAGCAUCCUUAGGAAGACCCUGCCAGGGCUGGUAGAGGCUGGUACUCAGGCUCCAAGCAGAUCACUCCCUUCACUCCUCAUUGCCCCCAACCCAGGUCCAGGUGUGCCCCCCCAGGAAGGCCAGGAGGAGGGACCAGAAGGAUGGCGGGCCCGCCUGAGGCCUGUGGAUAAGAAGAAUCCUGCUGAGAAGGCUGUGGAGCAGAAGGAGCCACUGGUCCGGGUAGAGCUGAGGGUCAAGGACAUUUCCAGGAAGGCCUCCAGCAGCCUUAAAGGGGACAUCCGCACCACCUUGACUCCUGUGCAGCCUGAAAGGACGCCAGGCAUGCCUGGCCCCAGGCCCAGCCUCACAGCCCGUUCUCCAUCCCCAUCCCACCGUAAGAAACUGGCCAUCCCUGCUAGCCUCGAUGUCUCUGCUGAUUGGCUUCGGCCAGAACCCGUGGAGAAGGAAACUCAGGCUUGCAGCUGGAAGGAGAAAACAAAGCCCACUAGGGGUACACCAGGGAAGCCUGCGGGCCUGGCCAGCACCCCUCCUCCACCUGGCGAGACUGUGACCUCCCCUAUCAGACUGCACCCUGACUACAUCCCCCAGGAGGAGAUUCAGAGGCAACUGCAAUACAUUGAAAGUCAGCUGGACACCCUGGAGCUCAGAGGCGUGGAGCUGGAGAAGCGGCUGCGGGCAGCAGAGGGAGACGUCACAGAGGAUGCCCUCAUGGUGGACUGGUUCCGGCUCAUCCAUGAGAAGCAGCUGCUACUGAGGCUGGAGUCAGAACUCAUGUACAAGUCCAAGGACCAGCACCUGGAGGAGCAGCAGAUGGACUUAGAGAGCGAGCUGCGCCAACUAAUGGCCAAACCGGAGGGUCUGAAGUCCCCCCAAGACCAGCAGCGGGAACAAGAGCUGCUGCGUCAGUACGUGAGCACCGUGAAUGAUCGCAGUAACAUUGUGGACUUCCUGGAUGAGGACCGACUCAGGGAGCAAGAGGAGGACCAGAUGCUGGAGAACAUGAUCCAAAACCUAGGUCUCCAGAGAAAAAAGUCUAAGUUCCGUUUGUCCAAGAUCUGGUCCUCAAAGAGCAAAGGAGGCCAGGCGUGAGCUGCCCAUCGCUGAUUGCAGGGCUCCAGUUCCCACUCAGGAAGAGAGACUGGUGCUCUGGCCCUAGACAGGGUACUUGGGGCACCAGGGCCUGUACCUCCAACUCUGGGAUCCUUAUAACCUCAAUAAAGACAUCACCACUCUA